AAAUGGCAACAUUAAUCAAAUGUGCAAUCAAGAGGUGUGUUGGUAAAUGCCGCAAUGCAGCUAUGUUCAGCUGUUUACGAUUCGCCGCAACAGCGAAACGUUAGCCAACACCUUAAAACUAUUGAUAUACAACGAUAUACACACACGCACACACACACACACAUACACACACUCGCAUACCUAUAAACAAGCGCACACUUUCUUUCAAUACAAAAAAAUAAAGACGAGAUAUUUUUUGUAGACGGCUGUUGCAAAAGUUCUCAAACUAAAUUCAAGAAUACGAGCAGUUACCAGCAAUCAGAUAAAUAUUAAAAUUUAUAUCCAUAUAUAACAAUAUAAAGCCCUGUGAAUUUGACGGCUGCAAGAUCGAAAUUCCACGGAAAUAACAUUCAUUUUUCUAAUAGAAAUAUACGUGUGUACACACACAGACUUGCGCACGCACAUAAGGCAACAGCUGGUCGCAAUAUUGUAAACAUUAAAACUCAACUACUGCCCGCCCCGCAAAUCGAACAGUUCGCUGCGGCUCUCAACUAAAAGAUUUCAUUAAUUUUUAAUACCUAUUCAUAUGCGUGCGUGCGUAUGUGUGCGCCCUCAUCUAAUUGAUAAUCGCUGCCCACUCGCAACUGGAGCAUGCUGUCGUAGCCAGGCGUCAUCACUGUCAGCGUCAGCGUCAUCAUCACAUUGAGUUGGGCUCUCGGGUUUGGGUCUGGGUCUGGGGGAGAGGCGAACAGCGCUCGUCACGUUUGCUGAUAAGCGACGGUCAACAUGUCCGCAACAGUUUCACCCGGUGAGAAGAACCUGUUGCGCGGCCUCAAUAAGCUGCGCUCCCAGGGUAAGCUAACAGAUGUGACGCUUAUCGUCGAGGAUCAUCGCUUUAAGGCCCAUCGCGUAGUGCUGGCGGCCAGUAGCGAUUACUUCUGCGCCAUGUUUGCGGACUGUGCCAUGAUUGAGUCGCGCAAGGAGGAGAUCACACUCUAUGGUGUAACGGCGCGGGCCAUGGGCCGGAUCAUAGUCUAUAUAUACACAUCACUGCUGGAAUUGAAUGUCGAUAAUGUGGAGGAGACGCUAGCGGCGGCCACUCACGUCCAGGUGAAGGAGGUGAUCGAGCGCUGCACCGUCUUCCUGGAGCAAAAGAUUAGCAUGGACAAUUGCUUGGCAAUAGCGAGCAUGGCUGAGAUUUAUGGGCAACUGGCGUUGGCAGAGCGCGCCUUUCGCUACAUCUGCGCACACUUUAAAGAGUUCGCAGCCAGCAGCGAUUUCAAGGACGUCAAGCUGGAGCAGCUGCACUAUAUACUCUCCAGUAAUUAUCCAAUUGAUGUCAGCGAGCCGGAACUGGUGCGUCUGCUCUGCCGCUACGGGCUCGAAUUGCAGCUGGAGGAUGGUGCGUUGCUUGAGCUGUUGCGCCUCAUCAAAUGGCAGUAUAUCAGCCGUGAGGAACUGAAAACGCUGCGUCAACACAACUACUCGCUGGUCGAGGAGUAUCUGGCCAGCAUGCAGGAGAGCAGCAGCGGCCAGGAGACCAUCUCAGAGGCACUCGAGCACUGCCUGCAACAGGGCCAGGGGCCCACGAAUAUGCGCGGCAUGGAACUAAGUCUACUCAAAAUUGGCGGCUUCGAGUGGAAGGGUCUGACCAAUGAGAUUAUGUGCUUCUCGCCAACCAAAAUGAAGUGGUACGAGCUAACCUCCAUACCGCACAUUGAUCAAUGCAAUUUCGGCACAGCCGUGCUCAACAAUGAGCUCUUCAUUGUGGGUGGUGCCUAUGAUGUUUGCCUCAAGGAGUACAUCCAUCCAUUUGGCUUCCGCUACUGUCCGCUGCGCGACUCCUGGGUAACCAUAGCGCCCAUACAGCUGGAUCGCUGUCGAUUCUCGCUCAAUGCUGUUGGCAAACAGCAUCUCUAUGCUGUCGGUGGCAGCGUGGAGUACGACGAUAACUCAGAGGAGGCACUGCGUCGCAUGUCCAAUGUGGAGCGUUACGAUAUCGUCACCAAUACAUGGACCUAUAUGCCCAGCCUGCAAGAGAAUCGUAGUCAGCAUGCUGGCGUCGUUGUCGGCGACAAACUCUACAUAUCAGGUGGCAUUCACUUGGCCAACAUACUGUCCAGCACAUGGUGCUUCGAUACGAAGACCGAGCAUUGGCAGGAGCUGGCACCGAUGCCGACGCCCUGCUGCGACCAUGUUCUGGUGGCUAUCGACAAUCGAAUCUAUGCCUGUGGUGGCUGGCACGAGACACUGCGGGAGUCACGAGUGCUGGUGGAGCACAUCUAUGCGUACGAUAUCAAGAGCAAUACGUGGAGCGUGGAAACCAAAAUACCCGCACCCAAAUUCUAUUCGGGCGUUACCUCAAUGCGUCGCACCAUCUUCUUUGUGGGUGGACUGGACUCCACCGAAUCUAUAGAUCGCGCCAGCUCAGAGACGAUGGCAUAUGAUCUGGACACCGGCAAUUGGUGGCAUCGCAAAGACUCAUGGGAUACACCAAACGACGUCUGGGAAUCCACAUGCGUUGCCAUCUAUGUGCCCAGCUUUGACUCCUAGCAUCGCGUUCCUCAGCGAGCCUCCAUUGACGAAUUUACACGACAUCUAAUAACAUAAUAUGCUCAGCAUAUCUAUGUAUAUAUCGACAUAUAUAUAUUUUUAUAUAUAUAUAGAGAGAGAGAGAGAUAGAAAGCCCUUAAAACCACGCUUGUGUUUAUGAACCCAUAUUACACACUGUACAGAAAUGAAAUGUGGCAACUAUGGCCAUUAAAAACAAUUGUUAAUAGCAGGUCAAACGUUCGAAUAUUUAACUACUAUUAGACAAAUAUUUAGAAGACGAUUUAUAAAUAAAAAUGUAACUCUUUGUUAGUAAAAAUUAAAGCCAUCUCCGAGUAAUCUCUGGCGUGGACUGAAUGAGUAAAUGAAUUGCAAUUGGUUAAAUUGCGAUGCAUUAACACAUAUAUAUAU